AUGCGGCUUUUCGUGGUGAUCUGUGUAUUGGACAUAGCGGCCGCUCAGUACACAUCACAGACCUAUCCAGAUCCACGUUUGGAUCCGCUAACAUGUCGACUACCAUUCGCCAGCUAUGUCUGCGACCCAUCAUCUGUGCUCUCUGAUGAUAGCCGUAUACGCUUGAUGCAAAAGAUUAAUCAGUUUCGACCAAUUACGUCUGGUAUUCGCAACACAUCGCCUGCAUGCGCAUUUCAUCCAGACCGAAACCUUGAUAUCUUUCUGGUAAUCCUGGACAAAAUCGGCAGCGUUCCUGGAGCGCCGGUAGACAUCGAGAAGUUUGCCAACAAUCUCAAAAGGCGUUUCCAGAACUAUCAGAUAGGAUUCAAGAACUAG